GCAAACGUUCGCGACUUCAGUUCACCGUUGCCGUGGUCCAGGUCAAACGUAGUCGAGCAAUUGUUUCUUUCUCAAGAUUCACAAUACUUCGCCAUCGUUUAAUUUUUUUUCAACAUUUUAUGUGACAGUUUUUUUUGUUGUUUUGUUGUUGCCAAUGAUGAAGUUGAGAUAAGUGUAUGAAACGGAUCCUUUGUUCACAUACCUAAAAUUUGAGUGUCAAUUCUCAUCGUUGCUUACCAAAUAUUCUUCAAAUCUACAAAGUAUAUUUCCUCCUAAUACCUAUGUAUGAAUUGGAUGAACUUUUGAUCCAACAAAUAUUAAUUAAAAAUUCAUGAAUUCAAUUCAACUCUCAGACCGAUAACUGUUGGGAAAGAAAAAGAAAAAUUAUAAAUACAUUGCAAAGUGAAAACAGUUCUGUGAUCAAUCUUGCGAAAUAGAAUGGUUUACGGGCCUAUUGAUUUUUUAAUACACGAAUUGAUUAGCUUUGGUUAAUGCGACGGCUAUGCUUUUGAUAUGGACGGCGCAGAGCGCACACAGAAACAAAGCGGAUCGCUAAAGUAAUAAAAAGGCAGGAGAAAAGGCACCGCGACCAAGACUGAAGCAGGAAAAUCAAUUGAUUGCGAUGCUGGCCGGUGGCAGCGCUGUGGAUGCCGGAGUUUGCAGAGCAACUACAAUGUCAAUGCCAGCGGGAACAGGACAGCGGGAGCAGGCCGUUAGAGCAACGCCCAAGCAAAUGCGAAAGAGCAAAGCCGGGCAAGCGGGCAUUUUGACACGCAGCAAUGUCGGUGGCAAUGAAGGAGGCCCUCGCAGUGCCAUCACUGCCUGCUCCUCCGCUAAGACGGCCACAAUAAUGACAACGCGGCCAGGUGUGGAGAGGGGGAAUCGCACCAUCGUGGCAGGCGGCGGCAAGGCUGGCUCAUCUGCUGGGGCUAAGCACGAGAAUGUGGGUGGCUUCGUCGACGGAAUCGAGAUGUAUCUCGGACUCAUCGGCUGGCGUAAAAAGUGCCUAUACACAUUGCUGUUACUGCUAACGGUUCUGAUUAUCACUAACCUGGUGCUGACCCUGUGGAUACUCAAGGUGAUGGAGUUUUCAACGGACGGCAUGGGUCAACUCAAAAUCGUUCCCGGUGGCAUCCAACUCACAGGCCAGACGGUCAUUAUGGACAUGCUGCGGGCAUCCACAAUACGCUCUAGGCACGGACAGCCGAUAUCCAUUGAAUCCUCACGUAAUUUUUCAAUCAAUACACGUGACCCGAACGGUGUGCUCGAGAAUCAUUUAUUCUUGGGGCACGAUAAGUUUGAAUGUCUGUCAGCGGGAUUUCGCAUCAACGAUACCACUGGACGAAAUUUAUUUUCGGUAAAUCGAAAUCAAGUCACUAUCGGAGCGCAUUCGCUUCGCAUCGAGGGAGAGGGUGGCGCCAUCUUCCGGGAGUCCAUACAAACACCGCAUAUUCGUGCCGAGCCAGGCCGGGAGCUCAGACUAGAGUCGCCCACACGUCAAUUAGAGAUCACAGCCGCCAAAGAUAUCAACUUACAGUCACGAGCCGGAGGAAUCGAACUAAUAGCCCUGGAGGAUGUGAAGCUGCGUGCACUUGAUGGCAGCCUGCGAUUGGAGUCCUCCAAGAUAAUUAUGCCCAACUUGCGCACUGCCCAGCCUCCGAUAAUGGGAUCGGCUCAGAAUCGAGAUCACAUGCAUCGAGUCUUCCAGCUAUGUGCCUGCUUCAACGGCAAACUGUUCCUCGCCUCGCCCCAUUCGAUAUGCGCAGGCGACGACUCAACGGUCUGCAGAUGAUAAGUUGAUCUGGAGGAAUGGGUGUUCCCGCAGCUAAGAAUUAUACCACUGAAACAGCCACACCGCCACGUUUGUGUGUGUGCAUCUAUAAGCAAAAUUAUUUUAUAUAGCCAUGAGCAUAUGGAUAUGCGAACGUAAUUAUAGAUUAUAUGUAGAGCA